CUUUAAGACAUCAUCUAGGUUGCCGUCAUAUCAAGCUCUUGAGUCUUUUUGGUGGUGAAAGGAGGCCGGGGUUGCAAUAGAGGAUCAUGUCUACGUCUGUAUAGCAGGCAUCUUGAAGGAAGUGGGCUAUCAUCUUGGGCCCAGGGGCCGGCGCUCGUCAUGGCUAAACGCGCCGGAACACGAAUGCAAGGCUGGUUGACAGUAGCAGCCACAGCUACACUUACCGGAGCAGUGCUUAUAGCACCCCGAGUUUCAAUUGUUCGAAGGGAAGACGCUACAAUCAUCAAGUACAAUCAUCUGAAGCCUAAAGACUUCGUACCCGCUCCAGCAGAAAAGGGCCUAAUCAUCACACCCUCUCCCAAACCACCACCCCCUUCAUCAGCAAGUCCGACUAGUCCAGCCUCUCAUAAGCCAUUUUCCGACGAAGAUUGGAUCCUGGACACCGGCGCAAUGACACAUGUAUGCACCAAUCGCACCCUCCUACACAGCUACACGUCGCACGAUCUCUCCGGUAACAAGUACAGUUACAAACCAGUAGCAUUCUUCGGUCCGAAUGCCGCUGCAAUUGUCGGUAACGGAAACUGUACAUUGGCAUUACCGUCUCUAUCGCCGUCGAACGCGCCAGCACCAACCGCAGCUGCUGGUAACAGUGCCGGUGUCGUCGUCAACUUCAUCACCAUCAAACACGUCAGCCAUAUUCCGACAGCGGGUUUGAAUCUGAUCAGUUGGUCGCAGUUGAAGAGGGCUAGAGGUCUUAAUCUCAGACUCGUCGAGGACGACGACGGAAGUCUAAUUGUGAGAAAUCACGACCAACCGGUCAUGCGCUUCGAGCUCAGGAAUGGACUGUAUUUCCUGGUCCAGAUGCCUUCUCUUGAAGUCGCGCAUCCUGCCGACGGCUGAGUUCAUGAUCCCAGCAUGAACCGAGCGCAACGCCACUAUCGGGAAAGAUCGCCAACACCAAGUCCAUGCGAUGCAGGAAUUCCCAUCACCUUGUGCAGGUGCACCGGCCCGGGAAGAUGAUGUCCAUGGCUUUCAAUACGUUUCCUGUUUUUUUGGACUCCGCAAAGCCAUUACAAGUCGUUUGAGGGCCCCCGGAGGCAAAAUCUCACCGGCUCAUCUGACCUCGAGACGGGCUCCUAACGGUUCAAACGAGCAUAGACAGGGCGUUUGAUGAACUCCAAACACCUUGUCACUCACUCUACUUCCGGGACGACACCAUUGCCUCU